AUGACGUCAAAUUCAAGAUGGAUGGAAUCACGACCAGCGCGGAGAAAUCUACACAACACUGAACAAAGUCCCGGCUACGUGGAGGAAAGACCGUAUUCACGACGGGCAGGAAUCCCUUUCCUCACCAACAUUGUGUCAACAAGGCCACAUGCAUCCUACUGUGUGUCUAGAAAAAGGCUUUCGUUCUCAGAGGGGGAUGAGAAUGAUGUCCACACAAGGAGCGUCAUUGUGCGUCGGGUCCGGAAUGACACGGCCCAUCCCUCUCGCUCGAGUUAUCCGAGAAAAACGUCUGAGAGAUCGACAUCUCCCCACUCCGCUCAUGGGUCCGCUCGGCCUCCAUCGGAGCACAACUCGUAUGAAUCGGUCAGAAACUCUGAGCCCAGCAGGAAGUCUCCUGACCGGGGUGAAGCUUUGGAGAGGACGUACGCCUCCAUAUUGAAAGGGAAUUCAUCACACUUCACACCCGUGAGACCCCAGCUGACAUCAUCGGUGUCUUUCAGCGAUGCUGAAGUGCAGCACAUCAGGCUGUCGUCUGGCAAUAAAGAGGAGAAUGAGGAGCAGGAGUCCCGCUACAAUACCAAAGUGCCCUUUCAGGGUCAGGCUAGUGAGCCAAGCCAGACCAUUGACAGGAGUGGGCCGCUUAUAAAAAGCCUACUCAGGAGGUCAUUAUCCAUGGACAGCCCCGUUCCAGUCUUCUCCCCCACGCUGGAGCUCAAGGAGCUGCAAAAUCGAGACCAGUCAGUUGUACAGAUGGCGCUGAAGACGUCCGUGCCAGAAACCUCCGCCCACAAUGGCGACUCAAAAAGAACGUCUCCUCUGGUUCUCAGGUCAAAGUAUACCGGCAGGUAUGAUGGAGAAACUCAGGUAGGAGAGGUGAGUGUGAAAGCUGAGCCCAGCAGUCCACUUGCUGACCCCAUGGACAUCGUACGCAUCACAGUUGGUGAUUCUUUGCCAGUGAGUCUCAAAGACUUUCAAAGUAAUUAUGAUCAAGGUCCCAGGGAAGUCUUAAAUCCUGUGGAGAAAAGAAGGGACAGGCCAGACAACAGACGGUACCCGUUAAAGAAGAGCAAACUAUUUAAAGAGCAUGCUCUCUCAGUUAACGUGAAUAUGUCAAAAGCAGUACCUCAGCACGCCAGCGGUGACCCUAACGAGGACGGCGAGGAGUCGCCUCAGAACAAGAUUUUCAAAUGCUGGAAUUGUUUAAAGGUUUUCCGGUCAGGUGCUGGGCUUCAUCGCCAUGUAAAUAUGUAUCACAAUCCGGAAAAGCCGUAUGCUUGCGACAUCUGCCACAAGCGCUUUCAUACCAACUUCAAAGUGUGGACGCACUGCCAAACGCAGCAUGGUGUAGUACAAAACCCAGCGUCGUCCGCCAGCUCCUCUGUUCUCGAUGAGAAAUUUCAAAAGAAGCUAAUAGAUAUUGUGAGAGAGAGAGAAAUAAAGAAAGCGUUGCUUUGGAAGUUAAAGAGGAAUAAGCAGGGUUUGCAGUCUCCUGCAAUUACAAAAAAGAGAUCGAGGCCCAGCUACAUAUGCCCGUACUGCGGCAAGACAUUCGUGUUCCAGUCUCAGUACAGACAGCAUUUAAGGACACAUCCUGCUGAAAAAGCUGACCAGGACGCAGCGAGGGAGAGCAUCCUCUACCAGGAACAGGAUGAGAUCAUUCAGCAGAAGAACCCUGACACCGGUGUUUACUCCUGUAGACUUUGCAAUAUGAAGCUGUCAUCGCUCCUGGAGCAGGGUGACCACGAGCGAGGCUGUCGCCACGCAACCGUGUGCCCCUACUGUGGCCUCAGAUUCUCAAGUCCAGUUGUCAAGAAAGACCACGAGGCGCAUUGUAAGUACAAGAAGCUGACAUGCCUGGAAUGCAUGCGCACCUUCAAAUCCUCCUUCAGCAUUUGGCGCCAUCAGGUGGAGGUGCACAACCACAAUAUGAUGACUGUUAAAGACCACAUUCUCCUGAAGCAACAAGAGAACAACGAGGAGGAGUCUGAAAUGCUCAAGGAGGAGCAUUACAGUGAUGAGCCUCUAACGAGCGAGAGCACAAGAGAGAACAUCAGCUACAGCGAUUCCUCAGGUCCACCUAUGUAUGACUCUGAAGACUCUUCCUCCUAUGUGCCUGAAGACCUGAGCAUGGGCCACCAUGGCAAGCUGGUAGUGAAGGAGGAGCCGUUGGAGGAGGCUGUGAGUGAGCGGGACAACCCCGACGCUGCCAAAAGUGGCUCCGAAGAACCCGGCGUGUGGCCGUGCGAGAAGUGCGGAAAUCUUUUCAGCUCUCGCAAAGACUUGGAACGACACCAGGAGCUGCUAUGCCACAUCAAACCAUUCAUCUGUCACAUCUGCAACAAAGCCUUCAGGACCAACUUCCGCCUUUGGAGCCACUUCCAGUCUCACAUGUCGACUGCUAACGAACCCGGAGCCAAAGAGAUCGACAGAAACCCCUCACCUCUGAGCCCUUCCCCUCCGCUUACCCCUUCAGAACGUCCCUCCCCACAGGCCUCCGUGCUCAUAUCUACUCAGGCGGCACCGGUCCCUGCUGCUACUGCCGCUGCAACCGCAGGGACCGACGAGUCCAGCAGCCCAGAUCCCUGCAGCUCAUUGGUAAGCAAGACCAAGAGGCCCGAACUGGAACGGCAAACCAGCAGCCAAAGCCCCCUGUCAAGGUCAAACAGCAUGGAGAAUCCAGGCGGCCCUCAGGAAUCGGACACGCUCUUUUACCACGCACCGUCUCUCUCUGCCCUGACGUUUAAGAGGCAGUACAUGUGCAAACUCUGCCACAGGACCUUCAAGACGGCCUUCAGUCUGUGGAGCCACGAGCAGAGUCACAGUCACAUGUAAGAUUCAGAUGGCCGAUAGCAGUGAGGUUUUUCUCGGGAGACGAUACUUACUAUAAGAAUAAACACACCUCAGCCUACAAACAAAAGACUCUGAAUGUAUAGUUUAUUCGCUUGCCUCCAAUGUCAUAUAUUGAAGUGGCCAUGUUUAUUUAGACGCGUAAACGUGAAUGUGCAAUCAAGUGCUAGAUUCCUCUGUGAGAAGAGAUGACUAUAAUUUUUUUUCUUGCAAAAUGAUCUAUAUGAAUUUAUCUGUUUCAGACCUCUUUCGGUUGUCUAGUUGUAUUUACCUAUCUAGUCGUUUUAAGAGUUGCACCCCUCAAUGUUCUCGACUUGAAGGUAGAGGAAAAGGCGGGACAAGUGUUUACGUUGUUCUCUCGAGUGUGGUGGAAAAAGUGCUUUAAACUUUUGGAGGCUGCGGUUCAUUUAAAGAUGAGAGCUUUUGCUUUUUGUACAAACGUGAUUGACAUCCCUUAAGAUAUUAUUGGUGGCCUCAACAAUGUAUUCAAUAUGCACUUUUUUGAUUCUGGUAGGAAGAUCUAAUCCUCAGUGAUUACUCUGGAUCAGUAUGUUUCCCUAACUGAGUUUUUAGGCUGCAGGAGUAAAAGUGACAACAAAAAGCAUCUAUAACUCUUUUGUUCUUACGUUUGAGGCUCAUAUUGAAUUCGCAUCAACUCAUUUCAUGGAAAAAUUCAAUGAGACAGUCUGUAUAAGACAGCUAUACCACAUACAGUCUUCAUUCAGCACCCACAAACACAGUAUCUUCCUAAUGAUUAGCCUGCUGUGAAACAAUCAACUGGAAGAUUACAGAGAAAAUAUUUAUUUUCUGAAGUUAAAUGACGAUAACGUCGCUAAAUUAUGUGGAAAAAGGUGCUCAGACCAGUGCACUAGUAGCCAUGCAGGCUGUCACUGAGCAGUGAGCUGGGUUGAUCUCAUAAAGUCCUAAAUACGAGACAUCCUUGCAGUAUUUGGCUUAUAAUAAUAUUCAAUAUUUCCUGUGAGUAAGCUUUCACAUCAAAUGCACUGCAGUAUAAUAAUAUAAUUUACGGUUUUGAUGAAACGAUAAAUGAGAACCUCUAAAAGUCGUUUGUUUAUAUGAAACGUUGUCAGGGUGUCUCAAUCGCUGAGUACGGCACAGUGUUGUGUAAAUACACUGAUAGAAUUUUUUGCAAUUGAACACAUUGGACUAUUAAGUGAGCUUUACAGCGCUUCGAUGGCCUUAUGCAACUUUACAAAACUAUUUUGUUAUUUUACGUGAAAGCACAACAGCUUCAGACCACUUAUGACUCAGGCAUUUCAAGGUGGCGGCGUCAACGGGAGGGAAAGCAACGAGACGGCGAAUCUUUAUUCUACGAAUGGUCACAGAGUGUUCCUGCUUCCUGAAGAUUUCUUGGAAAAGUAAUGAUUGUGUUUUGAUUGUAUUCCGGUUGUUUUACAAAUGUAUUCUUGUACAAGUAUAUACUUCUGCUUCGGCUUGAUAGUUUAGAACUUUGUCAUAAAUUAUUAUUGCUGUUUGGGAGACUGACAGACAGGACUCCACACGGACUAAUGGACUUUCCACUAAAUGAUUAAUGCAAGCUGCAUUGUGAUGUUAAAUUCUUUGCGGAAAUUCUGUAUUGAUAAUAGUGCUCUUAAUUUCUUGUGAGAAAGACUUUCUGAAAGUUUCACAGGAAUGCUUAUAGACUUGUGUACAUGGAAGUGUUUGUAUUCUUGAUUUUUGUACCGAUUUUGUUAGUAAACAAGAGUUUGAUCUUUUUAGUAUUCCUGUGCUCUCACUGCAAUAAUGAAUAUUUGUAUCAACAUUGGUUGCAUCGCUGUUGCUUUUUGAGACUUGCAGCUGUUUUGUGUUUAGGUUUUUCUACAGUUUUGUGCUUCACUUCUGUAAUAAAGAGUAACAAU